AUCGUUUUAUAAGUACAGAAAAAUGGCUAGAAAAAGUUUUGCCGAUAAAAUAAAUGACUUGCUUACAACAAAACCGGAUCUUGUCUCCGACGAAGAGCCUGAGGAAACGAAGGCAAAAAUAGUGGAACGUUAUGAUGAGAGCGGUGCCUCUGAUGAUGAAUUCCGACAAUCCAAAAUUCGCAGGCAAAAUGUUGAUACAUUGGAUAAAGUGGAUGAAAGGUAUGCUGGUAGAAAGGUUUCAAGAAAAGAUAUAUACAGCGAUGAAGAUGAUAAUAUGAGUGAAAGUGUGGAAAGCAAUAACUCUGAGGAAGAUGAGGAAGAUGAAGAGAUAGAAAGUACGCUGGAACAAGAUGAGGAUAAGUCGGACAGUAACGAGGAGUCAGAGUUGGAACAGGAAUCAGAAGAAGCCGACUCAGUUUCUGAAGAAGAGGAUGAAUACAGCAUGGAUAUAAGCAACUCGCUGCACAAACAGAGCGACUCCGCCAUUAAAACAAUGUCUGAGACAAAUGUUAGGACGGAAGUAGAGAAAGGCAACUGUAUCAGGAAUCAGUUGAAGAUUUGGGAGAAUUUAUCAGAGAUGCGAAUAAAGCUGCAGAAAUGCAUUGUAACUAGUAAUCAAAUGCCGCAAUAUGACACACAUAAGGAACUCAGAUCACAUGCAGACUUUGUCAAGAAAAUUAGUGAGUCUAAAUCCAAACUGAUGCUGCUUGUGAACAACAUGUUAGAAUUGAAAGACCUCUUGUUGAAGCAAUAUCCUGAAACAAGAAAUUUAUGCGCCAGCGCUAAGAAGAGAAAAGCUGACAAUGAAGAGAAUGCAGACGAUCCGAUGGACGAAGAAAUACCCUCCGACACGGAAGACGAAUUAGAAGAUGGAGAAGAACCUUCUGUCGGUAAAGAUAAAGAAGCAGCUAAGGAAUCAGCACCGCGAAAACGACUGAAGUACAACGAAACCGAAAAAGUGUUGCAAGAAAAUCAUGAUUCCUACAAAGAAUACAGAAAUUCUGUCAUAAAGAAAUGGAAUGACAAGACACGGAUUGCCACAGGUUCACUGAACAAGAACUCCGGUCAGAGUACGUUGAAACAAAUUGAAUUUGCCAUGAGCGACAUGAGCAAGUUACGGAAAAGAACUCAGCUGAAGCGUUCCGAGUACAGCAUUGUCGGUAAAUCCUCGUCGACCGAAGACGAUGACGGCAGAAGAGUUCAAGAGUACGAUCCGGAAAUUUAUGACGAUAACGAUUUCUACCACCAGCUAUUGAAAGAUCUGAUAGAGUAUAAAUCGUCAGACGUGACGGAUCCCAUACAGCUAAGCAAACAGAUGAUCCGAUUGCAGAAUAUGCGUACGAAAAUGAAGAGGAAGAUUGAUACUCGCGCGACGAAGGGCAGAAGGGUACGAUAUAACGUUCACACUAAAUUAGUGAAUUUUAUGGCGCCUAUUACAGUAUACGACACAUGGACCGACAGUGCGAAAAACGAGUUGUACAGUUCGUUAUUCGGUAAAAUUAAGCCAAUAGAAGAGCAGAUAAAAUAUUUAUAGCUACAAUAAAAUAUCUAUAUAAUUAUUAAAAAUUAACAACAUUGUUGCUAAAAGAAAAAAUCAGGACUGAUUUAUUAUUUAAAUCGAUCAUUUCCUAAUUCGUUUACGAUGCUAAAAAAUAUUUCUCUUUUUUUCUAUCAUUGUCUUAAUUGAGUUCAAGAUGUUACUAUUUUUAAAGUUAAAAAUGACAAAAGAACAUAUUGCUUCCAAGCCAAUAAAUUGUAUA